ACAAGGCAAAUUUAGCAGUGUUUGAUUUAGAGCCUGUUUACUUUGGGAGAUAUACAAUUUACUAGCAUCAAAGUUCAGAUUUAAACCCAGCAAUUCACUUUAUUCUAGCUAUUCAACGUAUUCCUCUCUACACAGUGGCUUGGAGCUUCUGACCUGUCACAAUGAAGCUCCUAUUUCAUUUGUUCGUUCUCUCUUUCGUCAUAACAUCUGCAUUUUGUGGGAUCAAAGACUUUAAUAAGCACUUUGAAAGCAUUGAUCAAGCUAUAAAUCCCCGUUCGCCCCAUGAAAAUGAAACCCACAAUAUGCCUAAUUUUCCACCAGGGUUCCAUAAGGCAAAUACUAUAACCAAUGACUUGAUUGCUGAGGAAGAUGAAGAGGAAGACUAUCUAGAUUUGGAAAAGAUAUUUGAUGAGGAUUAUUAUGGUGACAUAAUUGAUGCUUCUCCAUAUCCCUAUAUGGUUGCUGAAAUUCAGCAAGGAAAUAUUCUUGAGCUAUUCCCUGGUAAAACCAGAAUCCAGCGUCUCAACAUCCUCAAUGCAAACUUUGGCUUCAACCUUUAUCGGAGUCUGAAGGACAGAGCCAAUUCUUCAGAUAACAUUCUGAUGGCUCCUGUUGGUAUUUCCACUGCAAUGGCUAUGAUUUCAUUAGGGCUGAAGGGACAAACACACCAGGAGGUACUCUCUGUUCUAGGCUUCAGAGAUUUCAUUAACGCCAGCUCCAAGUAUGAGAUUAUGACAAUUCACAACCUCUUCCGUAAACUAACUCACCGGCUCUUCAGACGCAAUUUCGGUUACACGCUGCGAUCGGUCAAUGAUCUUUAUAUUCGGAAGCAAUUUUCUAUUAUGGAUGAUUUCAGAAACAACAUGAAAAAUUAUUACUUUGCUGAGGCUCAAUCAUCUGACUUCUCAGACCCUGCCUUCAUCACUAAAACCAACGAGCGCAUCCUGAAACUGACCAAAGGAUUAAUAAAAGAAGCUCUGGUGAACAUCAACCCCACAACAUUGAUGAUGAUUCUCAACUGUAUUUACUUUAAAGGAACUUGGGAAAACAAGUUUCCAGUGGAAAUGACAAACAAACGGACCUUCCGACUGAAUGAGAAAGAAACAAUAAAGGUUCCUAUGAUGCAGACCAAAGGAAACUUCCUGGCUGCUGCAGACCAUGAGCUAGACUGUGGUGUGCUCCAGCUGCCAUAUGUGGGGAACAUCAGCAUGCUGAUUGUGCUGCCAAACAAACUAUCUGGCAUGAAAGCACUGGAGAAGCAACUGACCCCUCAGGUGGUGGAGAAAUGGCAAAAGAGCAUGACAAACAGAACAAGAGAGGUAGUUCUGCCUAAAUUUAAGCUGGAGAAGAGCUAUGACCUGACUGAUUAUCUGAAAUCCAUGGGAAUAGAAACACUGUUUGACAACAAUGGCGACUAUUCUGGAGUAUCAACUGAGAAAGUCAUCAUUGAUGUGUUCAAUCACCAAGGCACGAUUACUGUGAACGAGGAAGGCACAGAGGCUGCAGCUGUGACCACGGUAGGGUUCAUGCCCCUUUCCACUCAGAUUCGCUUCGUCGUUGACCGCCCCUUUCUGUUUCUCAUCUACGAGCAUCGCACCAGCUGCCUACUGUUCAUGGGCAGAGUCGCCAACCCCAGCAAGUUUUAAAAAACAGAGGAGUGCUCUCAUAUCCAGGUUGUAUGGUUACAUUUUAGUAUAGCUGUUUUUGAAAGGAAGUUUUUACUUAUCACAUUAGUCAGAGGUUACUGUCAUUACACAUGACUCACCAUUUAUCAGUGGAAAAUGCAAUAUAUACGAGACCAUUCAUGUGUGUAUAUAUAUAUAUAUAUAUAUAUAUACGAAUGGAUUCACAGCAGUAGAUGAUUUGACUGCAAUUUAUAAAGAUUAAUGACAGGCACUGAUAUAUCUGUAUUAAAAUCUCAUUAAAUAACUUACACAGUGUUAUAUUCAAUGUAUUGAACUUAACCAGCAAAUAAAACCUUAGACCAGGA